AUGGCAUCGUCUUCGUCACAGAUCUGUGUCUUGCUGCUGGCUUUAUCGGGCUUCACCACCAUACUUGUUACUACCAUGUCCAACAGAUGGACCGUUUCCAGCGCCGCAGCCGUGUCAGCUCCUACGGAUUGGGUUUCGGAAGGUCUCUGGAUGGAGUGUGCUGUGGCCGCGCAGGGAAGAGUGCAGUGCAAGAGGUUUUUGUACUUGUUGAGUUCAGACAUUCAUGUUCAGGCAUGCCGUGCCCUGAUGAUUACUUCCAUCCUUUUGGGACUUAUAGCUACAAUACUCUCGCUGCUUGGUUUAAAGUGUGCACACAUCGGGUUGAGUAAUGAAGAUGGAAAAGUGAAGUUUGCUGUCACGGGAGGAUUUCUCUUUAUUUUAGGAGGUCUCUGUUCCAUGGUGGCUGUUUCUUGGUAUGCUGCAAUGGUUACGGCUCAGUUCUUCGACCCGUUGUAUGCUGGAACCAAGUAUGAACUAGGAGAUGCUUUGUACUUUGGCUGGGCUGGAUCUGUUCUUUAUGUGCUUGGUGGGAUCUUCCUGACCUGUUCGUGCAAAGGGAAGAAAAGAGGGAAAUACAGUGGCAGCAAAUAUGAUUAUUCCAUGGGCCAGGCAGUUCCUCAGCAGUACAUGUACUCCAAGAACUCAGAGGCAAUCACAAGCACCAAGGAGUAUGUCUAA